AUGGAAUCUACGCAGAAACGGCGGAAUUCCUCUCCUCCUGUGAAAAGCUUUCCUCCAUCCGAAGUGAAACCAUUGCCCGUAGAUAUCGUCGAUCCGCCUUCACCUGCCCCAGCGAAGGAGUCAGAGUCUCCGGUAGAUGAGGAUGAUCUCGCUGACGAUGAGACAGACGACGGCGACGACAAGAUUCCAUCAGACAUCAUCGAUAAGGAGAUAUUCAAUCAAAUCCUCGAUCUCGACGAUGGGGACACGAAAGAGUUUUCGUUUGAAAUGACUGCUGCAUAUCUGGUCCAGGCGAAGGAGACGUUCACGAAUAUGGAUCGCGCACUAUUGGCAAAGGAUUUGCAUGAGCUAUCGCGACUGGGCCAUUAUUUGAAAGGCUCCUCCGCCGCCAUCGGAAUCAAGAAGGUGCAGGCAUCCUGCGAGAAGAUACAGCACUGCGGGGACGACGCGUUGGGAGAAGGCAAGCUUGUCCAGGCUGAAGCCCUGCAGAAAAUCACGCAAAUGGUCAGCCAGGCGAAGAAGGACAACGAGAAGGCCGAGGAGUGGCUUCAUAUCUACUACAAGGACGAAAUGGAGGCCGCCUCAUGA